GUGAACCUCUUCAUACUGCGGCUCGUCAGAGGGCGGCUCUUUGACUGCUUUUUACGCAUCAUUAUAAAGGCUUACUCCCUCCCUCUGCGCGCUGUCCCGCUCCUCCGCUGCGAGCCCUCAAGCCUUCAGUGUCUGGAUCUAUGGAGUAGAUGGGCUAGAUGCCACAUGCCAGUAGCCUGCAGGUUGCAAAGGUUGAAAGUUUGACUUCAAAUUCGUCCUGUUCUUCUUUUUUGGGGCUUCUUUUCUCCUCCGCUUGGAUACUACUGACUUAGGCAUUGGAUAUGUGCACACAGGAUGAUGACAACCCCUUUCCUCCCCGUAGAAGUAAAAUAAAAUAGGCUUUCGCACACACUGGAUUUACUCCUGUCGUUCCAUAUGAAGAAGUCAAAAAUUUGGAUACGCGUCUGUGUCCAUUUACUGCUGUUCAUCACGUUUGGGGUACAUUCAAGUAAAUUUGACGUCAACCCAGUGACAGAUGACAUCUUUAGACUCUCUGCUUUGAGACAAAAUAUUCCUAAAGAUUACAAAAUUCCUGUAAAUUACAUUCCAAAAGAGGAGGGUGGGAUGUGUUGGGUAAAAUUAAAUGUCUUCUACUUGGAGGAGAGUUUACAAGAAUUAGCUUGGAAGUUUGGAAAUAUUUCAUCCAACAGAAAAGAUAUUAGCUUAUUUAUCCAAAUGCUCCAAGAAAUACGGCUCAACAUGGGGUCUGUGGAGCCGAUCAUGUACGAUUUUGAGUGCCACUACAGGGAAGAGAGGUGGCAGACAGCGCGAUACUUUGACUUUCUUAAAGAGUUCCUUAUAGCUGCACAGCAUAGAGAAGACUCGGAUGACUGUGAUCCUCCACCCUGUACCACGCCAUCAUACACAGUAAAAACAGAAACAUCUUCUAAAGGAACACCCACAUCCAAGAGUGAAGGCUUAGAGUGUGAUUUGUUGAAAGACUGCAAAACACAUAAACCAGCAAGGCUCCUGCCUGAGGUGGUGGAGCGAAGCCUUCUCUCCCUGCUGUUCAUUCCACUCCUAGCCCUCGUAGUCCUGCUUGUGUGGAAGGUCAGAUCACGAAGAAACGAGGAUGAUCUUCAACAGAAUCCUGGAGAAGGUGGAUUAUUCACAGGAACAGAAGGGACUGCACCUCCACUAGAUGAAAUCUCAGAAAAAAACAAGUUGAACGUCAUUGAAACAGUGUAAUGCAACCCUUCAAUGUUAUCCAGCGUAAUUGGGCUCUACUCUUUUCUCCUGUUGGUGUCCAAAGGUGAUGAAAACCAAACAUGAAGCUGACUUCCAUAAUGAGAUCUCAGAGGUGAAAGGCCUGUUUUUGACUGCUCUUCAAAUUCACAAUGGCUUCACAAUUGCCAUGACCAAGAUUUUUCUGGUUAAACCACGCCUGCUACCGUAUGGAUAAGCUUGCCUUUCUUAUAAGACUGCAAAACCCCAUGCUUUUGAAAAAGACUGAGAUUUUAGCAGAGAGAAACCCCCAUACCAGAAGCCCCUCUGGAUUCUCUGGCUUCCGCGAAUCAUCCAUCAGAACCUGCUGCAUCGUGAACUCUUUGGGGAAAACUUUGCUUCCCCAUUUGCACGUUGCUACAGUCUGCCUGUGUUUUUGGGCCCACCAGUUCAUCUUCAAACAGCAAAGCAGAGAGUGACUGACACUGGUUAUCUCUUAUAUGAACUGAGGCAUGAAUUACUACCUCUGGUGACCCUCACGUUAACCACAUUCUCAACAGCUAUACAGUGUCCUCUUAGUCUGGGGUUUCCCAAAGACUAUAAUGUUAAACAUUGUAGUUCCAAGGUGUAGUCGCAUUGUUUAUCAUGUGCCCAAGGGGCUGUAUGAUGUAUUUAUUUAUUGGUGGCGGCACUGAGCUGCUACUGUUGAUUCAAUUAAAAUGUUUCUAGCGAUCAUUUAAGAUUAAAUUUACUAAUGGGUCACAUUUAAAGAACAAUCAGUAUACUAACACAUCAUAAACCCAAAAACACAUUCCUGAACAAGUGACAUUUCCUCAUCUGAUAUUGUUGUAUUUGGUAUAUAUGACGGGGAUGAUUAGGUUGUGUGAAUGGAUUACAUGGAGAAAAAAGACAUUUAUACAAAGCUGCUUUGACUAACUUACAUGUAGACCAUUAAAACUGCAAUGACAUUCUGUUAACAAGUAUCAGGGAUGACUUCUGUGGAUCCAGGAAUUUUACAAUAGGUAUGUAUGUAAGACAACGAUCGGCCUCCCAUAGUAAUUAUUAGUUAAACAUUGCCUUUAUUUUUUACUUAUCUCACCUUUAUGCUUGCAAGGCAGGAACUGUUACAGGAGAGAUCAUUGACAGUCAUUCCUCAACAAAAGGAAAAGAAA